AUGAGACAGAACAAUGAGAGAAGAUCUCACUAAUACAAAGCCAUAGCAAGGUCCCAAGAUUCCCGUAAGAAUAGUGUGUUUCUUAGUGCAGUUUUGCGGCUAUCACUGGAUAGUUACAGUUUGCAGAAUUCAACAGAAAUCUUCAGAUUAUUUAUCCGUGAAUUGCACUCCUCCUCUUCUCAAGGCGUUCCGUCCAAUGCGCGCUCCCGGGUUGGCUCGGGGGUUGUAACGGACUAACGGAAUUUGAACAUUGACAGAGCUCCGGUUUCAUCCAUCUUCUGAAGUUCAGUCUGGAGGUUCGGGUUGGAGACGGUUUUCGGGUGAUUUGGGUUUGAAAGUUUAGUUUUAACCGAAUAAAAAGCCAUGGAGGCUCGUGGAGUUCUCUCCGUUCUGUGCGUCGGCACGAUGUUUGCCGUGGCGCUCGCACAGCAGACCGACAGACCGAAGUUCUGGGAGUGUCGGUGGACCUGUUCUUUGUGCUGGACACGUCUGAGAGUGUUGCUCUGAGAGCCAAACCUCCCAACUUCUACAUCGACCAGAUCAAGAGCUUUACUGAACGCUUCAUCAUGGAGCUCAAAGAAAUGCGCCACCCAUGUGACCGGUCCCUGACGUGGAACUCCGGAGCGCUGCAUUACUCUGAUGAGAUCAUCUUAGUGCGCCAGCUGAGUGACGUCGCCACCGAGCGCCAGGCGCUCAUCAGUGACAUCAAAGGCAUCAGCUACAUCGGCAAGGGAACACACACUGACUGUGCCAUCAAGAGAGGCAUCGCUGAGCUGCUCAUAGGGGGCUCCCACUACCAGGAGAAUAAGUACAUCGUCGUGGUGACAGACGGUCAUCCUCUAACAGGUUACAAGGAGCCCUGUGGUGGGAUACAGGAAGCUGCCAAUGAGGGCCAGGCAACACGGGGUUAAAGUCUUCUCCGUCGCCAUAUCACCUGACCAGGAUGAUCGCUACAGACCAGAACUACAGACAGAAUUUCACAGCAGCUGACAACACCAGAUCCACCCAGCUACAGACCAU